AUGAAUGGGGACUAUGUUGUUGGAGGUGUUUUCUCCAUCCACUUCAGCAUCCACACUGCGAUUCAUAACUACACCAGCAAGCCUGAGCCGCCACAGUGCACGGGGAGCGUUGAUGCCCGUGAGCUUCGCUUCUCUCGUGCUAUGAUCUUUGCCAUCGAGGAGAUUAACAACAGCACCGAGCUGCUGCCAGGCAUCAGGCUCGGAUAUCAGAUCCAUGACUCGUGUGGCUCCGUGCCAGUGGCUGUGCACGUAGCGUUUCAGCUCUCCAACGGCCUUGAACCCGCGUUUCACCCCGGUGAAAGCUGCUCCAGAUCUGGUAUGGUGAUGGGUGUUGUUGGUGAGUCUGGGUCCACGCCAUCCAUCAGCAUAUCGCGCAUUAUCGGGCCCUUCAACAUUCCUCAAAUUAGUCACUUCGCCACAUGCGCCUGCCUGUCAGAUAAGCAACAGUACCCGACCUUCUUCAGAACUGUUCCCAGUGACCAGUUCCAAGCUGUGGCUCUGGCCAAGCUGGUGAAACAUUUUGGCUGGACUUGGAUUGGUGCUGUUCGGAUCAAGAGAGUAGCUGAUAUCAUUCGCAGCUCAACUGCUGUGGGUAUUGUGGCAUUUACAUCUGGUGGAGAUAUGAAAGUCCUGUUAGAGGAGCUGGCCAGGGACCCUCCACUUCCUCGUCAGUGGAUCGGCAGUGAGGCCUGGGUAACUGAUCCAAACUUGUUGAGGUUUGGUUUCUGUGCUGGGGCCAUUGGAUUUGGGAUUCAGAAGUCUGUGAUCCCAGGUCUGAGAGACUUCCUGCUGGAUCUGUCUCUCUCUGAGGUGGCUGCCUCCCCACUGCUCACUGAGUUCUGGGAGGAUGCAUUUAACUGCAAACUGAGAAAACAUGCUGCUGUAGGUGAGAAUGUGUGUGAUGGAACUGAAGACAUAAAGAAGCUCCAGAGUCCGUACACAGACACAUCUCAGCUGAGAAUUACCAACAUGGUGUACAAGGCUGUUUAUGCAAUAGCACAUGCCAUUCACAAUGUUGUGUGUCAGAAAACAAACUCCACAUUUCAGUGUGACAAACACAGCAAGUUGGAUUCAAAGCAGGUCUUACAUGAACUGAAGAAAGUCAACUUCUCCAAGAACGGUUAUGAUGUGUCAUUUGAUGCUAAUGGGGAUCCUGUUGCUUUUUAUGAACUGGUCAACUGGCAAAUAAGUGAUAAGGGAGUCAAUGAGUUGGUAACAGUAGGAUACUAUGAUGCAUCACUGCCAAAGGGCCAGGAGUUUCGUAUUAACAGGAACCUGUCCUGGGUGGAAGGGAGUGAAAAAGUAAUGAAAACUGCUUAG